CGGUGACAUACGGCUGGGUAAACGAAACAAGACGUGAGGGGAUCACGGCUUAGGACUGUUGUGUUUUUAAUACCCACAGGACUCCGCAUGGAGCCAACAAAUCUACAGAAAGCUAUUGCUGUAGCGCAGAAGGCCUCAGAGGAAGACCAGGCUGGGAACUAUGAGGAGGCCAUCCGCUCCUACCAACAUGCAGUCAAGUAUUUUCUACACAUUUUAAAACGUGAGCCUCAGGGUAAAGACGGCAACCAGAAGAUCAGAGAUAGAUGUAAACAGUACCUGGACAGAGUGGAAGAACUACGGGACUACCUAGAUAAUAAACAGAAAGCCAUCGAUCUUGCCGGCAAGGCAGCUCAGGAGGAUAAAGCUAAAAAUUACGAGGAGGCUCUGCAUCUUUACCAGGCUGCUGUUCAGUACUUCCUCCAUGUGGUAAAAUAUGAAGCCCAGGGUGAAAAAGCCAAAGUGAGCAUCCGGGCAAAAUGUUGUGAAUACCUGGACAGAGCUGAGAAGCUGAAAGAGUAUCUAAAAAAGAAAGACAGCGCUCCUCCCUCCAAGCCCGUCAAAGAGUCUGGGUCUGAUGACAAAGGGAAUGAAAGCGAUGAUGGUGAGGAUCCAGAGAAAAAGAAGUUCCAAAAUCAACUCUCAGGUGCAAUUGUUAUGGAGAAACCAAACAUCAAGUGGAAUGAUGUCGCUGGUUUAGAGGGAGCCAAGGAGGCACUGAAAGAAGCUGUUAUUCUUCCAAUCAAAUUCCCCCACCUUUUCACAGGAAAGAGAACUCCAUGGAGAGGGAUCUUGCUCUUUGGACCUCCAGGUACAGGAAAGUCCUAUCUGGCUAAAGCUGUUGCCACAGAGGCAGACAACUCAACCUUCUUCUCCAUCUCCUCAUCUGAUCUUGUCUCCAAAUGGCUGGGAGAGAGUGAAAAGUUGGUUAAGAACCUUUUCAGCCUUGCAAGGGAACACAAGCCUUCAAUUAUCUUCAUUGAUGAGAUCGACUCCCUGUGUGGCUCAAGAAGCGAGAACGAGAGUGAGGCUGCUCGCCGAAUUAAGACAGAGUUCCUGGUUCAGAUGCAGGGUGUGGGGAACGACAAUGCAGGAGUGCUGGUACUUGGGGCAACAAACAUCCCAUGGACCCUAGACUCAGCCAUCAGAAGAAGAUUUGAGAAAAGGAUCUAUAUCCCACUGCCUGAAGCACACGCCCGCUCCUUUAUGUUCAAGCUCCACCUGGGCUCAACCCCCAACAGUAUCACCGAAAGUGACUUUGUGACUCUGGGUAAGAUGACAGACGGAUACUCAGGAGCCGAUAUCAGCAUCGUUGUCAGAGACGCACUAAUGCAGCCUGUUCGGAAGGUCCAGUCAGCGACCCACUUCAAACGGGUACGUGGCCCUUCGAGAACCGACCCCAACAUGCUUGUAGAUGACCUCUUGACUCCUUGCUCACCUGGUGACCCCAACGCAAUGGAAAUGACAUGGAUGGAGGUCCCUGGGGAGAAGCUAAUGGAACCUGUAGUAUGCAUGUCUGACAUGAUGAGGUCUCUGUCCAACACAAAACCAACAGUAAAUGAGCAAGAUCUGGAGAAGCUGAAAAAAUUCACAGAGGACUUUGGACAAGAAGGCUAGGUGGGAUGAUUGAGCCAAGCCAAGCCAAACCAAAGCAAAGGAAUUGUGAUUGUCUCUCUGUCCUGUCCUUGUCCUUUUUCUGUCUCUGUCUCAUCAUAACCAUUCACCAGGCUUUGUGGUUUUCACAAGUGGACAAGAUUGCUCUGGUUUGCCAAUGUGAUAACCACACAAAGGGUCGAGGGCCUACUUUUAUCUGAUAUUAACGGUUGUCCAAAGAAGAUUAAAGAUUUAAAGUCUGCAGCUGACCUGAAACAAGAAUCAAUACAGCAUAGGGAAUUGAGAGUUUUUUGGACUUGUGCACUAAAGGUAUUGAUGAUCAGAAUGCCCAUACAACUUAGGGAAAUCAAUGGCAGACAUGCACAGCAAUUAAUGCAAGUAAGGCUAUUGAAAUCAAGAUAACUUCUUUUGAAUUGGGACACACUGGUGUCCUUAUUUUCCAGCCAGAACACAUCUUAGUAGAGUAAUAAAAACCAUGUGUAUUCUCUGUUUUAUAUUAAGAAAAAACAAGCAUUCUAUAUUGCAAAAUGUACUUUGUGGAAUGUAUAAAUCUUGGGCUGGGGGAGUGAAGUGAAGGCAUGAGUUCACAGGAUUUGUUGCAGUGAAAUAUGUUAAUUUCAAGGUGGCGGACAGUAAGGAGUUUUGAGACAGAGAUAGUAUGAGAGCUGCAUUAGGCCCUGUGGAAAUUUCUGAUUGUUUAUCUAGUUUCCAUACAAAGGACAGUUGUAUUUGUUCACUCAUUUGUUUUUUGAAUUAAACACAGCUGUAAGGGUGGAUCACCAAUGGUGCCAGACCAGCAUUACUUUACCAAUUUUCAAGGACUUUGAAUUGCUUUGUCACUCCGCUCAUGGAUUUUUUUCAGAACCCACUGUACAUAUUUUUUAAUACUAGCCACAGGCAUUGCUGGUUAUCCUUAAUAUAAACUGCAAAAAACAUGCCUUAUUGUUAAGACAAAAUCACAAUGAAUUUUGAUAAAACAAGACUAAUUUAGACACUGAUGGCUCAGGUGGAGAGAUCAUCUUCUUGUAUACUUAACAAUAUAGGAAUGCAUCUCCAAGCAUGAACUAUAUGUAGCCAUGAGGAGCAGUGUGUGCACCACGUGCCUUCUAGAAGAGCUGCAAGCUUCUUUUUUGUUUAUUUCUAAAUUGGUCAAACUACUUAUAUAUCCAGUGCUUUUUCACAACAACUAAGAAAUGUAUAAUAUUUUCACGUCAUGUAAACUCAUUUAGACAUUGUAUACAGCUGUGCUCUUUUGCUGUCUUUUGAGUUUGAUUGGGGAACAACUAUUAUUUUGCUGUACAUGUCUAUACAUAUAUCCAACUCUUGAGCCUUUUCUUUGCAAAGAGCUCACCCAUGCGAAAAAUUCAUUUUUUUGUUUCCAUAAUGUAAAUAAAAAUUAUAGAUACAUUAA